UGGCUGGCUGGCUGGCUGGCUGGCCCUCAGUGCCAAACUGUCAAUCGUGUAGUGCGGUCAUGUGGUGCGGAGCCAGCGCGCGCUCUCCUCCAACUGUCCUUUGAGCCAGUGGUUUGUUGUAACCGAACCGAAACUGAAAGAAACAGCAAAAGAAGCAGCAAGAGCAGAAGCUGAAGGUGAACAGAACACCAAAAACAACAACCAACAACAAUAAUAACAACAACAACCAACAACAACACAAGGAGCAAACCCCAUUGAACAACAAAACGCGAGGAACAACAACGACUACAACGAUGAUGCUGAUGGGUUGCUGGAAAUGCAAAAACGAGAGAUACAACAGCAACAACGGAUACAAUAGCAGCAGCAGCACCAGCACCAGCAGCGUAAGAUACAACAGCUACAGAUACUUGUAACUAAAGUGACAUGAGGCCUUAGCAACAAAAACUACAAUAGCAACAACAACAACAACACCCAACUACAGCAACAAAAGUCACAGCAACAACAGAGGGAACCGUAGAGCACUAAAAACCAAAUUACAAACAAUUAAAAGAGAACACGACGAAGGAUCCUCUAGAGAGCUUGACAACGGUAGAGGCGGCGCAGCCACACGCAAAAAGGACCCCCCGCACACAGCAAGGAACAGAAGUGGGAGGAGUAGCAGCAGGAACUGUAACAGAAGAGCUGGAGGUGGAAGUGGAAGUGGAGAAGUAACGCAGCAGCCACCUACAUGCCCCAAUGCCAGGAGCAGCAGCAGCACCGCCACCACCACCAGAAGCAGCCGAAGCAGCCACGUUUAUGGCCAACUAAAACUGAACAGUGGCCCCAAAAGCAGACCAGAACGGGCAUAACAGCGCCAGCGCCAGCCCCGGCCAAGACCUGGCCAGGGCACAGUAGUGACACAUAGUCCAUCAUCUGCAUUCCACCCAUUGCCAGGACCUUUGUCUUUCUGUCGCAUCACAAACAGGCAAACAAACAAUAGCAACAACACCACGAGGCAAAGGCAAAAGAAAAGGCGGAGGUUGAGGAGGAGGAGGAGAAAGAACACCACUAAAGGCGGCAAUAAAAAGUUUGCUUUGUUUCUGGGUGUCGACACAUUCGUGCUUUGCUCUCUGGCCAAAACGCCUACCCUCCUGUUAGCCAGAAAACCAAAAACGGUGUCGUCCUUGUCAGCCGCCUCUGGGCACUCAAUUAGGCCCAAUUCAACGCAACUUGAAAGCAACUACAGCAACAAUAGCAACAUCAGGAGGAACAUCAACAGCAGAACCAGUAAAAGGAACAGGAGCAGGAGCGGGAGCAGGAGCAGGACAAGCAUCAGCAGGACCAGGAGCAUUAGAGCAGUGAAGCGACCACGCCCACGCAGGGGCCAGCGCACACAAACGGCGACACCAAUCUGACUACAAGUGACAACGCCCACAAAAGGUGGGGCGUGGGGGGCAUCGAGUUGAUGCCACAAUGAAACUGAGCGUGAGCGCGUAUCGGGCGCAUGCAUCCGCACACAAGAAGAUCCUCUCCAGCGGCUAUCACUCACAGCUCAACUACGGCAGCACUGGAGCAGCAGCAUCAUCCUCGUCGUCGGGGGCCACUGCAACGGGCCUAUAUACGAUGGAAACGCACGAUCACGAGCACGGCGCUGGGAAGUUCGUCAAGGAUGUGGCACGCCAGAUUCACGACUGCAACAGCGACACGGAUGUCAUAAGUCCAACGGGGACCAGUAGCUCUGGCGGUGGGGCUGGCGGGGCCAGCGGUGUUGCCGGUGGUGCUGCCGCUGGCGAAAGCUCUGGCGGCUAUCACAAGCGACACCAUAAGAUGGCCCAUGACGAUGACAACCACAGUGCGCCGCAUUCCUCGGAUAGCAAGAGUCCCAGUCAGAGAAACAAACCAAAAAUGAAAAACUUUGGAAACUCGUUUAGGAAAUCGCGUAUCGGAGAUGGAGCUUCAGAUCCAGAUUCCGAUUGGACACGAUCGAACCAGCGCUGGAUGAAGCUACGCACCACCGUGCAGAUCUCGUCGGCGAUACAGAAAAAACCACCGCUCAAGCGCGAAGACUCCUUCUUGAAGCGUUUCUCGACUAGACAGAUACCCGAAACACAGGAAACUGUUGAAGAUACGGGUUCAGAAAGUGCCUCUGGUGACGUCGACAAAAGUGUUAAACGUAGACGACGCUAUCUGCAGAAACGACGAUCCGUUGUUAAUCCAGAUGAAAAUUUUUACUUCUAUUGGCUAAUGAUGGUAACUGUAUGUGUUCUAUAUAAUCUAUGGACCCUAAUUGUGAGGCAGAGCUUUCCUGAACUGCAGCAAGCUGUGCCUACCUUUUGGCUUAUCUGCGAUUCGAUGACAGAUGUUGUAUUUAUCUUAGAUAUAAUAGUUCAAUUACGCACAGGCUAUCUGGAGCAGGGCCUAAUGGUAUAUGAUGACAGGAAGCUGGCCUGCCACUACGUUCACUCGCGUGACUUCAUCUUCGACAUGAUAGCGCUGAUACCAUUGGAUCUGCUGCAGCUCAAGAUGGGCACCCAUCCGCUUUUGCGUUUUACGCGCUUUUUUAAAGUUUAUCGAUCUGUGAGAUUUUAUUACAUCGUAGAGAGUAGAACAGUUUGGCCAAAUUUAUGGCGCGUUGUUAACCUAAUUCAUAUCCUGUUAAUAUUGGCACAUUGGUUCGGUUGCUUCUAUUUUUUACUCUCAGAGGCGGAGGGUUUCCAGGGUGAUUGGGUGUAUCCGUAUAGGCCGGGUGACUAUGCCACCCUCACGCGGAAGUAUCUGGGCAGCCUCUACUGGUCCACCCUGACGCUGACCACCAUCGGGGACCUGCCGACGCCCGAGACGAAUGCAGAACCGAACUUUUCGGUGGACGGCCCAAGAUCAAUACCUAGACGUGGCAUUAAAUCACGCCUGCUUCAGUUUGGCUCUAGCUAUGGAUAUAUUUUUACGAUCGUCAGUUAUUUGAUUGGUGUUUUUAUCUUCGCGACAAUUGUUGGCCAAGUGGGCAAUGUGAUAACGAAUCGGAAUGCGAAUCGUCUGGAGUUCGAACGUUUGCUGGAUGGGGCCAAGACCUACAUGAGGCAUCACAAGGUACCGGGUGGGAUGAAGCGUCGCGUGCUGCGAUGGUACGACUACAGCUGGUCGCGGGGGCGAAUACAGGGUGGUGGCGACAUCAACACAGCUUUGGGCCUGCUGCCCGACAAACUGAAAACCGAAUUGGCCUUACACGUGAACCUGAGUGUGCUGAAGAAGGUGACCAUAUUCCAAGAGUGCCAGCCGGAGUUUCUGCACGAUCUCGUGCUAAAAAUGAAGGCUUACAUCUUUACGCCUGGCGACUCCAUCUGCCGCAAGGGUGAGGUGGCCCGCGAGAUGUUUAUCAUCGCCGAUGGAAUCCUGGAGGUGCUCAGCGAAACGGGCAAGGUGCUGACAACAAUGAAGGCUGGCGAUUUUUUCGGCGAGAUCGGCAUCCUCAAUCUGGACGGGCUAAACAAGCGCACUGCGGACGUUCGUUCUGUGGGCUACUCGGAGCUCUUUUCGCUUUCUCGCGAGGAUGUUCUGGCAGCCAUGAAGGACUAUCCGGAUGCGCAAGAGAUCCUCCAGACUCUCGGACGCAAGCGUCUCAUGGAGGUGCGUUGCGUGAACAAGAAGUACGCGAAGGCGGCGCUCGAAAAGGAGAACGCGGCCUAUGCGGCGGCCCAUCCGCACCACCAUCAGGCCCAUCACCAGGGACAGGUGCACCAGAGCGAUAGCAGCGAGAACAGUGCAUCCAAGAAGAUUGUGGACAAGCUGAAGCACGAUGUGAAGGGUUUUCGUAAUGUGCUGAAGAAGUCCAGAACCUCCCGGAAGAGCGACGAGUCGCUGGAGAUGCAACCGCUGCACAACACCUCGCCCCGCGGCAGCAAGAUCAUGCUGAAGCGCAUGUCUCGCGUACGCUCGGACGAGAAGGACGCAGACACCGCCGAUGCCAAGGACGAGCUGCACGACAAGACCCCCAGUCCGAUUGGGGCCGGGCUCCCAUUGCUGCAGCGUUUGCGGCUGCUCAAGGAAAAGCAGGAUCGCGAAGAGCGAGCUGUUAAGUCCACACCACCACAGAAAUCUCCACCUCACUCACAUGUAACGUGUACGUUAUCGCCGCAGGAAUCGAUACAGGAAGAGCCCGAACGAGAGUUCAACGAAGGCUUUCCCCUGAUCCAGCGAUUGCAGCAGUUGAAAAUUAAGAACGAGCCGCAAGCGAACGCCGGAGGCGAUUCCGGCCUCGUAAUGGUCAAGACGCCUCCCAGCAUCAGCAGCAAGAUUGACUUCGGAGGAGCGACAGCAGCCGCAGCAGGAUUGGGAACAGGACUCCCCUCGGGAAGUCAGCUGCUGACAGUCGCCCAGAUCAAGCCCAUCAUGAAGGUCUCCUUCAAACAGAAGAUACAGCAGAUACAGGGCGGCGGGGCAAGUGGAUCCUCGCCGGGUCCCAGUACCGGAGCGAUAGCCAAGAAGGAGCCCCCCAAGUCGCUGGCUCUGAUUGCCAAGCAUGCUUCAACGUUGCCCCUACCACCAGCGAUCUUAGCGGAGGAAAAAGCAUCGGGGGGUGUGGGAUUGGGAGGGGGAGUAGGACCUGGCCAAGCCCUGGCCAUAGCCACGAUAUCGAAGAAGGUGACCAAGCCGUCCUACAAGCUCAACACUCCCAUGCAAUCAGACACGGACACUGACGGCACGCCCAUCUCCAAGCCCUGGUCCAAACUGAAGCUAGCGACGCUCAUGUCCUCCAGCUACACGAGCCUCACCAACUGCUCGCCGGACGACCUAGCCACGCCCCUGAAAAACUACUCGCUGAGCAACAUUCCGCAGCAGAUGGAGGCCACCGCCCAGGCCCAGUCCCAGUCCCUGUCCCGUCCGCGUCACCACAGUGCCAGGAGCAGCUCCAGAUCGCCCCGACACGCCCAUGGUCAUGGCCACGCUCAUGACUCUACCAGCAACACCAGCUCUUCGGCCAGCCAGGCGAGCACCAAGCGGGAGUGCCUACGCCUGCAGAAGCCCGAGCAGCAGCUGCCGGAUGGAGAACUGGCUGAGCCGCGCCGAAAGUUCUACCAGAGCGUGUUCGACCUGUCGCCGGAGUACAGUGGCCUGCCGUUUGUCAAGCGGCUGAAAAUCCUCAACGAGCGGCAGAAACUAGCGGAGCUGGAGAAGGCCCUACAGACGCGCAGCUUUAGCCUGGACUGCUCCAAGUCCGACCAGGGAGGGAAUCUGCCCAUCACGGAGUCGCUCUAUCGCUGCUACAGCGAUACCUCCGGAAUCUACUCACAGUUUCUCAGUGCCUACGAGUCCACCACCAGUUCCACAUCAAUAUCGACCAAUACAUCCGCCUCGGCAUCGGCCUCUGCAUCAGCAUCGGACACCGGCAACUCCCGGCAUGGACAGAUGCAGUACGUGCCGCUGCCCCUCAGCCCGGAAUCGAAUGAAACCGUCGAGCGUCGGAAGCUAAAGAGCAUACUCAAGAAGCUGCAGAAGGGCGGUGGUCCCAAUGGCGGAAGCGGUGGCAGCGGCAACGGCAGCGGCGGCGGCAUCGGCGGAGGUGAUGCCCAAGACGAGGCGACUGCCACAGUCACAGCCACGGCGCACGCGCACGCGUCGAGAGUGCUGCUGGCGGAGCCGACCUUGGAAGGCCCGCCCGCCAGUGCCAAAGAGGAAGGUCAGUUCGCUGCCUUUGGCGGCGCUUCCGGCGUGGCCCAUUCGCAACAUUCGCAGCACGCGAUCGCGUUAAGUCCGAGUAACGGUAACGGUAACGGUACCGCUAACGGUAACGGUAAAAAUUCGUCUAAUGGUAGCGGUAGCGGUAUGGGUACCGCAGCUUUCUCUUCUAAUCCGAUGUAUCCGUUUCCGAUUCCGGUUGCGGUUCCACUUCCGGUUUCCGAGACACACAUAUGGUCGCCGACGUUGACGUUGGUAACGCCAACGAAUUCGCCUCAAGAGAGUUUCGCGUUCGAGCUGCAGCCCCAGAGUCAGUCUCAGCCGCAGCCGCAACCUCAUCUCCAGUUCCCACCUCCACCUGUAUUGGAGGGCAGUGAUAGCGACGGCAUUGGCGGACUCGUUGCUGGCGUUGGCAGCGCCUCAACGUCGUCAGCCUUAGGAGCAGCGGCCUCAUCAUCACUCUUAUCAUUAUCAUCAGCUGGAGCAGCAGCAACAGCGGCAGCAGCAUCGACCUCAUAUGUCGUCGAAUGCUCGUCGUCGUCGGUGUCAUCGAAAUCGAAUCAGAUACUCUCACAGAAUACCGAAUUUCAUGCUCAAUCCACAACAUCCACAGAUUUGAAUUUGAAUUUGCAGCUCAGACAGAACACCACCACCUCCACCACGAACAAUGCGUUGGCUGGUGGCAGCCAGGGGCCCAGGCCCGAAGGAUUUCCAGAAGCGCAGGACUACUUCAAUCAGAUACUCAGCGGCAUCAAUCACGUGAUCAAGACGCACAUGAACGAAAUGCACUCGAAAUUCGAGACGCAGUUCUCGAGCAUGGCCGGGGAGGUGCGCCGUCGCGAUGCCAUCAUUGCCCAGCUCCAGCUGAAGCUGCGAUCCAUCGAGCAGAAGUCUUCUUCAACAGCUUCAUCCUCGGCUGCGGUUCCAUCCUCAGUCCUCGCUAUAGCCCGCCGGCAGAAGCGGGAGAAGCUCUCGCAGAUCUCGGUGGACGACGAUGAGCCGGCGGAAGAGGAGAACAGUAGUUCGGGCUCCUCCGCAGAGCUUCUCUUCAUGCGCGGGGAUUCCCUGGACACGGUGUUUACCUCUUCGCCUCCGAUUCAGGGCGGCCGACGCAGUAUAUCACCCGGCCCAGGACCGAGUCGGCAUCAUGCCGCUUCGGCCAAUGCUCUGAACUGUCCCAGCAGCUACUACAGCGGGCCGGGCACGCUGAGCACACGGCAUGCCCAGAGCCAUCCCAGCUUCUAUACGGGGCAGGGGAAUGGACGCAGCAGCAGCAGAGGAUAUCGCGAGUGGAGUGGAGCCGCUGGCGAUGGCAGGUUCAGUGGGGCGGACGGUAGCAAACCCAGUGGCAUGGUGGUCUCGGACGUAACGGGCAACCUCACACGGCUCUCGGAUAGCGUGAUUCUGGACAUUGGUGAGAGCUCCAGCUCGAGCUCCUCGUCGAGUAAGCUGAACAUUGCGGAAGAGGAGGACGACGAGGAUGAAGAAGAAGCGGAAGCGGAAGCAGAGGCCGAGGCGGAUGAAGAGCUUACCGCCAGUGGGACCGGGAACAACGAUUGGGAGGUGCGAAUGCUGGCCGCCGAGAUGGAGCGGCAGGAGCGCAAGCGCGGACACUCACUAUCCGACAAUCUGGGCGACCUGAAACACUGCAGCACGUUCCUGCGUCGGCGCCGCAAGUUCAGUGACACCGAAACGGAGUUCAGCGAGACGGACAUGGACGAGCAGUUGGCCAGAGGCUCCGGCGGCCCCAUUGGUAGCGGCACCAGCGGCUUGGCUGGUGAGGCGCCCGCAACAGGAGCUGGACCCACAUCGAGUGGCAGCGGGAUCCAGAGUGGCAGCCAGCGGCCGAGGGCUUCCAGUCUGGACCAAUUCAACCUGCGUUACGGCAUCGGACGUGGCAUCUUCAAAGCAAUGAGCAUCGAUCGUGAUAAAGACAAGCUCUGAGAACUAUAACCGCGACCAAAUAUCCCCCCAUACCCUAACCAGAGAACACCUUCCGUAUCCAAUCCCAUAGCAGCCACAACACUGGACGAGGACAACCCAUAAGCAAUUCGGACAGUAUUACAAUGGUACAAGAACUAAAUAUAUAUAUAAAACCCAUAUAUAUAUAUAUACAUAUAUAUAUAUACACUUCGAUAUACAAACUAAAGAGGAAAUAUAGAUCUAUAUUCUAUAUUGUAUGUUUAGCCUUAACGAUCCCCCAAAAUGGAAACUAAAGAA